AUGCCGGCAGCCUCGCAGCCCGGCUGGUUGCAGGAGGCGUCAAGCAAGCUGUACCUGCCCAUGAACAACCCUUCCACUGGCGAGCCCCUCUUCACCAGGGGCGCCACAGCCACAGUUGUUGUGGCAGGCAGUGCCCCAGUUCCAAUGCAAAUGGGCAAUGCAACUGGCCCUGCCCAGGCACCCAAACCACCCGGUGUUCCGCCCGAGGCUACGUUCCUUCAUGAGAAAUACGUGGGGCCCACUACCAUGGCCGCCGGAUGUGCUGGCUGCCUUUGCUGUGGACUUCCGGGGUUGAUCAUCUGCCUGAUUCAACUGGAUGAGAGGGAUGUGUGGAUCACUCCAGACGGCAAGCGCUGGGACCUCACGGGCAAGCGAAUUGAGCAGUGA